UUUAAUAUAUGAAACCAAAUGUAAUUAGUAACAAUUGUAUUUUGUGUACAACUAAAAAAAUGUAUUUUCUGUAGUGAGUGACACCGUGGCUGCUUAGAUGUGCGUACUUUUAUUAGUCACAGAUUUUUGCUAGCAUGAGCGGCGGGUUCGGCGGCCGCGGUCGGCGCUGCCGUGCUGUCUAGUGAGCUCCUCUGACCGGCGCCAUGAGAGCAGCUGCGCCGGUGGCUCUCGUGCACAGCGCGUGCAUCGGUGACCUUCUAAAGUCCUCCUUCGCGAACUACAUCGCAUCGCCGGCCGGAGCGCCGGCCAUCUGGCCGUUCCCCUUUGCGGUGUGGUACGCCGUCUCCGCCGCAGCUGCAAUCUCCUCCGGCGCCAGCGUUGUUGAGCAGCGUUUCUCAUCCAGCAGCAGCGCUGGCGGCUCCUAUCCAUCUACCAAAGAAAGGAGCAUUAUCUUAUCCAGCGCCAGCGUUUGUACGAACAGUGUACUUCAGAGACGAUGGUGGAGGAGCCAUCAAGGAGAUUGCUGGGCAGAUGCAGCUACGAAGUUACUUGUUCCAGUAUUUUGUUUAGCAAUUACAUUGUCCAAUUUUCUAUUAUUUGUGAGGCCGGAUAUGUAUUGCUAGGCUAUGUAAGAAAUAAAUGUUAUAGUAAUUGAGAAAAUGAUCUUUGUUCCUUAAUGGUUCUGUAACUUUAGAACCACGUCCCUGAUGCAUAUACAUAUAUAACUGAUAUUGAUUUUGUGAAAUCAGUUGUGAGCCCUUACCCCAAUAUUUUUGUUUGCCUGUAAAUGCAGAGAG